UGGCUGUCAAACUCGCCAACGAACGCCCUCGGCCGCCAUCUUUGUGCGUUGUUUAUCGCGAGUUUCUUGCACUUUCAGCCCUCAGAGCACCUCAAAGUCCUCCAGCGAUGUCAAACAGCCGAAACGACUGCAGGAUCUACGUCGGGAACCUUCCGCCGGACAUCCGCACCAAGGACAUCCAGGACCUCUUCUACAAAUUCGGUAAAGUGACUUUCGUCGACCUGAAGAACAGGCGGGGGCCUCCGUUCGCCUUCGUGGAGUUCGAGGACCCGAGGGAUGCGGACGACGCCGUCCACGCCAGGGACGGCUACGACUACGACGGCUACCGCCUGCGAGUGGAGUUCCCGAGGGGCGGCGGCCACGGCAGCUUCAGGGGCGGCAGAGGCGGCGGCGACAGGGGCCGGAGCUCGAGGGGGCCGCCGGCGCGGCGGUCGCAGUUCAGGGUGCUUGUUACAGGUUUACCGCCUUCAGGAUCCUGGCAGGACUUGAAAGACCACAUGCGCGAAGCAGGGGACGUUUGUUUCGCGGACGCCUUCAAGGACGGGUCCGGAGUGGUAGAAUUCUUGCGCUACGAGGACAUGAAGUACGCCAUCAAGAAACUGGACGAUUCGAGAUUUAGGUCUCACGAGGGCGAAGUUUCCUACAUAAGGGUGAAGGAAGACCGCGGAGGCAGCGACAGACGCUCGGGUGGAAGGUCCCGAAGCCGCUCAUACUCACCACGCCGACGAGGUUCUCCCACCUACAGUCCAGUCAAGAGAAGUUACUCAAGAAGCCGUUCACGUUCCUAAUUCGUUUUAACCUCCUCUACGGACUGGCCUUUUUGUAUAAUGUACGUAUCAAAAAACAACAAAAAAAAGUAUGCGGGGCUUUGAUUUCGAUUUGAUUUGAAACCACACAAGCAAAUAUCACGAGAAAAAAAUCGGUUGGUUACCUUGGAAUUAUUUUCAUUUUGUAAAUGUGAAUGUGGUGUAGUUUUCUCUUGUCUUGUAAGUGACAUUCCUCGAGAAUCGGUUUUUUUUCUCUUCCACUGAUGUAAUUUUUUUUAUAUAUAUAUAUUAAAUUUUUAAUGAUCGAUACAAAACGUAGGUUAGAGUACGAUAAGGCACUAAUAUGUAUUGUUUCUUUUUCUGUUACCGUACAAUUUGCUGAGUCAAUCAGCGUUGGACUGGUUUUUGGAAAAAAUAAAGUCGCUAGUAAAAUAUAGACAAUAAAAUGUUAUCUUUGACACACCUGGAUGCAAGAGGAGUGGAUGAAUGUUGUUAGGAGGGAGUCUCAAAGAUCGUGGAGGAGGAUUUUAAUAACUUUUAAACACACUAUGCAUUGCAUUUUUCGGAGUGUUAAGAGGACACCAAACCCCCUUCACACAAUUAAAGGCUCGGUAAAUAGUUAUUCAAUUCUUUAACAUUCAAACACUUAUUUGCAACUUCAAAAAAAAGAGAGAAAUUAACACGUUUCUUUGGAUUUCUGAUCGAGAAUCAGUGUUUAAACGAGAUGUUUUGCAAUGCGAUAGGUCUCACAAACACGGAUUUUGAUCUCCACUUCACCGGGGAGGAAGGACAAACUCCUAGGAUUAGGAUUUUUUAAAUUGAUAAAAGUAGUAAUUUCGUGGGAUUUUAAUACUUUUCCUAGGAUUUUGGCGAUGAAGUGGAUUUAUACUGUUUGAUCAUGAGGAUUAGGAUAUAGGAUUACUAGGAUUAGGAUGAGUGUGCCGGAAGGACCUCAUGGAUUUAUUCCCAGGUAUUUGAGACUUCUUUUUGUUUUUAUUUUUCUUUUUAAUCAAUUGUUUUAUAAUUUGCUUGACAAAGUGUGGCUUUUUGUUGUUUUCACAGUGCAUGUUUAUUUAAAUAAAAGAAUAUGAAGAA